AUGGCAGUUGCAGAUCUCCUGGUUGUGAUUACAGAUGUGAUCCUGAGGUGGUUUAUUAUUUAUUUCCCUGUUUCCUUUCUGGAUAUCACUCCUGUCUGUAGUUUGAUUAUGGCUCUCAUUCCUGCCACUACGAUGAACUCUGUCUGGUUGACGGUUACUUUCACGAUUGACCGAUAUGUGGCUCUUUGCUGCCAGAAGCUGAAGACCAGAUACUGCCGUGAGAAAACUGCAGCCAUGAUCAUUGGAACAGUGAGUGUGCUGAGCUGUUUGGAAAGCAUUCCUUGGUUCUUCAAAUUCAAAGCUAAGUAUAUCUUCAAUAACUUGCAGUGGUUUUGCAUUACAAAACCAGAGUAUUACACUUCAAACUUUUGGACAGUGUAUGUACUUCUCCAUCGCCUUCUAUCUCCUUUCCUCCCAAUAUUUCUGAUUCUCCUCAUGAACACUUUGACUGUCAGACAUAUUGUAAAAGCAAGUAAAGCACGCAGAAGACUCCAGGAAGAUAACAACAGGCUGGCAUUUAAUGAUCCAGAAAUGGACAGACGCAGAAAGUCCAUCAUUUUACUUUUCACUAUCUCAGGCAGUUUCAUUGCUUUAUGGGCGACUUAUAUUACAUUAUUUCUGUAUCAACGAAUUUCAUUCAUACAUAAUGCGGAUCCAAUUUCAUCCACUGCAGGUACUAUUGGAUACGUACUCCUGUUCCUCAAUACCUGUGCAAACACCUGCAUCUACACAGUCACUCAGAGAAAAUUUCGAGAGCAGUUGAAAAUCAUUUUGGCAUAUCCUUUCAUUCAGCUAGUCAGAUCUAUCAAACAGUCAACAGUAGUAAAUGUAGCUUCAUCUCAUAAAGAAUGA